AUGACUUUGACAACAGGUGUUUGUGCCAGAAACACUCUUGAAAAAGAAGAAAACAACACAAAAAGCAGAUGCCGAGAAAGCCUUAGCCAAAUCACAACAUCAAAAAAAAAUAAAGAAACUCGCAAGAUCAUCUUUAAAAAAGCCGAUGCUUACAUUCAAGAAUAUAGGCAGCGUGAAUAUGAUGAAUGUCGGUUGCGUCGCCAAGCUAAAAGCCAAGGCAACUUUUUUGUGCCUGCUCAGCCCAAACUUGUGUUUGUGAUUCGUAUUCAAGGCAUCAAUGAUAUUCAUCCCAAAGUAAAGAAAGUGUUGCAUCUAUUUCGUCUUCUUCAAAUCAACAAUGGUAUAUUUGUCAAGCUCAACAAGGCUACAAGUCAACUAUUGCAGAUCAUUGAGCCCUAUGUGACUUAUGGCCCACCUAAUCUCAAAACAGUGCGCGAAUUGAUCUAUAAACGAGGCUAUGCCAAGAUCAAAGGACAACGUAUUCCCAUCUCAGACAACCAGCAGAUUGCAGACAAUUUAGGUCAACUUGGUAUUAUCUGUAUUGAAGAUGUGAUUCAUGAAAUAUUUACCGUGGGUGAUCAUUUCAAACAAGUCAAUCAAUUCUUAUGGCCAUUCAAACUAAGUAAUCCCAGUGGACAAAAGAAAGUUUCUUGGAAACCAAGAAAGUCAAAACACUAUGUUGAAGGUGGUGAUGCAGGUGAUCGUGAAUGGGAUAUUAACAAACUCAUUCAAGCCAUGAUCUGA